AUGAAGAAAUUCCAGGAAAUAAUAGAGAUUCGCGAAGAUGGACUGAUAGUAGCGUCCAUGAAAAACAAAAACCCUCUCGUUAUCUUGAAAGAUGUGUUUGUGGAAAGCGAAGACGAUGACAUAAUCAAGGCGCUCUAUGCUCAGAACAAAGACAUUUUUGUGGGCCUACCUGAAGGGGACACGGAAAUGGUGAUAAAAUAUAAAAAACGCACAAGAAAUCCCAAGACAGUACACAUCAUUCUUCAGGUGAAGCCUAACGUAUGGCAGAGGAUGACGGAGGCUGGAGCCCUCUAUCUGGACCUUUAA